UAAGAGAGAAAGUGGAAGAGUGUGUGCAAGCGUUUCUGGGCUAUCCGCAAAACCCACAACUCACUGUUCACGAAAUCACAACACGAUUUAGCAAACACAAGCGUGGUUUGCUAGAGGCAAUAUGUCAGCAAAGGAGAGAAAGAAGGAGGAGGUCGUAGAGGAUAGAAAGGAGCAAAAGGUUCCUUUGCUGAAGCUCUUCUCAUUUGCUGACUUUUAUGAUUGUGCCUUAAUGGCGGUUGGAUCUGUUGGGGCAUGUGUUCAUGGUGCAUCUGUGCCUGUUUUCUUUAUCUUCUUUGGAAAGAUGAUCAAUGUCAUAGGCAUGGCUUACCUUUAUCCCAAAGAAGCUUCCCAUCAAGUUGCCAAGUAUUCGUUGGAUUUCGUGUAUCUAAGUACAGUAAUAUUGUUUUCAUCUUGGACAGAGGUGGCUUGUUGGAUGCAUACUGGGGAACGUCAAGCAGCGAAGAUGAGGAUGGCAUAUUUAAGGUCAAUGUUGAAUCAAGAUAUAAGUCUUUUUGAUACCGAGGCAUCAACCGGAGAAGUCAUCUCUUCUAUUACAAGUGACAUCAUCGUUGUUCAAGAUGCACUAUCCGAGAAGGUAGGGAACUUCAUGCACUACAUAAGCCGAUUUAUAGCGGGCUUUAUCAUUGGCUUUGUGAGAGUAUGGCAGAUCAGUUUAGUGACACUUGCAAUUGUACCCUUGAUUGCCCUUGCUGGAGGUCUUUAUGCAUACGUGACGUUUGGGCUGGUGGCAAAAGUUCGGAAAGCUUAUGUCAGGGCUGGUGAAAUCGCUGAAGAGGUGUUAGGCAAUGUCAGAACGGUACAGGCAUUUGCAGGAGAAGAAAGAGCAGUAAGAUUAUACAAAGAGGCUCUGAUGAACACAUAUAGAAAUGGUCGAAAAGCAGGUUUGGCAAAGGGUUUGGGACUUGGCUCUAUGCAUUGUGUCCUUUUUCUAUCAUGGGCUCUGCUUGUUUGGUUCAAUAGCAUUGUUGUUCACAAAAAUAUUGCCAAUGGGGGGGAGGCUUUCACUACCAUGCUCAAUGUUGUGAUCUCUGGCCUGUCACUUGGACAGGCAGCACCAGAUAUUUCUGCGUUUAUCCGAGCAAAGGCAGCAUCAUAUCCCAUUUUUGAAAUGAUAGAGAGGGACACAAUGAACAAAAUAAGCUCAGAAAUUGGUAAAACAUUGAGCACAUUGGAGGGUCACAUCCAAUUUAAUGAUGUCUAUUUCAGUUACCCAUCUCGUCCUGAUGUAGUUGUCUUCAACAACCUUUGUCUUGAUAUUCCUUCAGGGAAAAUUUUAGCUCUUGUGGGGGGAAGUGGUUCUGGAAAGAGCACCUUUAUAUCAUUGAUUGAGCGCUUCUAUGAACCACUUUCUGGUCAAAUACUAUUAGAUGGGAAUAAUAUCAAGGAUCUUGAUCUCAAAUGGCUUAGACACCAAAUUGGGCUAGUUAAUCAAGAACCUGCACUUUUUGCUACAAGCAUUAGGGAGAACAUAUUGUAUGGAAAAGAUGAUGCUACUCUUGAAGAACUAAAUCAUGCUAUGCAGCUAUCUGAUGCUCAAUCUUUCAUUAACAAUCUUCCUGAUGGAUUAGAUACUCAGGUUGGUGAGAGAGGGAUACAAUUAUCAGGGGGACAGAAGCAAAGAAUUGCAAUAUCUCGUGCUAUAGUUAAGAAUCCAUCAAUACUUUUGUUGGAUGAAGCAACCAGUGCACUAGAUUCAGAGUCCGAGAAGAGUGUACAAGAGGCACUUGAUCGUGUCAUGGUUGGUAGAACAACUGUGAUAGUGGCACACAGACUUUCUACCAUUAGGAAUGCAGAUAUGAUUGCUGUUGUUCAGGAAGGGAGGGUCGUGGAAAUUGGCAACCAUGAGGUGCUCAUUUCCAACCCAAAUAAUGUAUAUGCAUCUCUUGUUCAAAUCCAGGAGGCAGCCUCUUUGCAAGGACAUCCUUCUAAGGAUCCUUGCUUGGAACUGUCAUCAAGCAUAAUGCAGUCAAGAGAAUUAUCCUGUACAACAAGCUUCGGGGCUAGUUUUCGUUCAGAUAAAGAAUCCAUUGGCCAUUCUUGUGCUGAUGAAAUAGAAAGUGAUGGAAAGUCAAGACAUGUCUCAGCAAGAAGACUAUAUUCAAUGAUUGGUCCUGAUUGGUUUUAUGGGGUUUUUGGAACCUUGUGUGCAUUUGUUGCUGGAGCUCUGAUGCCACUUUUUGCUCUCGGAAUCACUCACUGUCUUGUAGCAUAUUACAUGGACUGGGAUAUAACACGUCAUGAAGUUAAAAAAAUUGCUUUCCUCUUCUGUGGAGGAGCAGUUGCAGCUAUCACUGCCUAUUCCAUUGAACAUCUUUCUUUUGGAAUCAUGGGCGAGAGACUUACCCUUCGUGUGAGAGAAAUUAUGUUUUCUGCUAUUUUGAAGAAUGAAAUUGGCUGGUUUGAUAAUACGAGCAACACAAGUUCUAUGCUUUCAUCACGUUUAGAGACUGAUGCAACUUUAUUAAGAACUAUAGUUGUUGAUCGUUCUACCAUUCUCUUACAAAAUGUUGGUCUGGUUGUUUCAUCAUUCAUCAUUGCCUUCAUUUUGAACUGGAGGAUGACACUUGUUGUUUUGGCCACAUAUCCUUUGAUCAUUAGUGGUCACAUUAGCGAGAAACUUUUCAUGCAAGGCUUUGGUGGCAACCUAAGUAAAGCAUAUCUAAAAGCCAACAUGUUGGCUGCGGAGGCAGUGAGUAAUAUACGCACUGUUGCAGCAUUUUGUUCUGAAGAAAAGAUCCUUGAACUUUAUGCUGCUGAGCUUGUUGAACCUUCCAAGCAUUCGUUCAGACGGGGCCAAAUUGCUGGCAUAUUCUAUGGCAUUUCCCAGUUCUUUAUUUUCUCAUCUUAUGGCCUUGCCUUAUGGUAUGGAUCUGUCUUGAUGCAAAAGGAGCUUGCUAGUUUCAAAUCAAUUAUGAAGUCGUUUAUGGUUUUGAUCGUAACAGCACUAGCUAUGGGGGAGACUUUGGCACUAGCACCAGACCUUUUGAAAGGGAAUCAAAUGGUUGCAUCAGUUUUCGAAGUGAUGGAGAGAAGGACAAGAAUAAUAGGUGAUGCUGGAGAAGAGUUGGAGAUAGUUGAAGGAACAAUUGAUCUAAAAAGAAUCCAUUUCAGCUACCCUUCAAGGCCAGAGGUUGUUAUUUUUAAUGAUUUCAAUCUAACAGUGCCCUCAGGAAAGAGCAUUGCUUUGGUGGGGCAUAGUGGUUCUGGCAAAAGCUCUGUCAUCUCCCUUAUACUCAGAUUUUAUGAUCCAACAUCUGGGAAGGUGAUGAUUGAUGGAAAAGACAUCAAGAAACUCAAUUUGAAAUCCCUUAGGAAGCAUAUUGGUCUUGUGCAACAAGAACAAGCUCUUUUUGCAACAUCAAUUUAUGAAAAUAUUCUAUACGGGAAGGAAGGAGCAUCUGAAUCAGAAGUAAUUGAAGCAGCUAAACUUGCCAAUGCUCAUAAUUUUAUUAGUGGUCUUCCUGAGGGCUACAACACCAAAGUUGGUGAGAGAGGAGUUCAACUAUCUGGUGGCCAGAGACAAAGGGUAGCUAUUGCUAGAGCUGUUUUGAAAAACCCUAAAAUCUUGCUACUAGAUGAAGCCACUAGUGCACUGGAUGUGGAGUCAGAACGUGUGGUACAACAAGCUUUAGACAAAUUGAUGCAGAACAGAACAACAAUUAUGGUUGCACAUAGGUUAUCCACAAUAAGAAAUGCAGACCAAAUAUCAGUUUUACAGGAUGGGAAGAUAAUUGAGCAAGGGACUCAUUCAAGUCUUGUAGAGAACACAAGUGGAGCAUACUUCAAAUUAGUCAGCCUUCAACAACAACAACAGUAUGUACAAGAACAUGAUGGAUGACAUAACGAAAAGACUAAUGAAUUUUCUUAUACUAUAAGUAAUUUUUUUUAAUCACCCCUUUUACAGAGAUGGUGUUUG